UCCUCCUUUCUCAUCACUUAUCGACUCAAGGCUUGACUUGACUAGUUUUCUUGUUAUUUUCUUAUCCAUUCUCUAUCACCUCUUCUUCUUCUUCUUUAAACUAGAAAAACAAAAACAAAACUAGUAAAUGAUGGUUUCUGCAACCAACGAACAAGCAACUAUGGUUGCUGAUCUUCUCAACAAGAUUAACACUGCUCCUUCUUCUGAAGAAGUCGAACAAGCUGCUCAAGAGCUUGCUAAACUUGUUCAAUCUAAAGGUAUGAUUAUGAUCAAGACUUAUGGCAUCAUCGACAAAUUUCUUGCUUCUAUUAAAAACAAGAAAUCUGGCUUGGAACGUGAGGGUGGUCUUAUCGGUUUCAAUGCGAUGGAAGAAGUCAUGUCUCAUGAAAUUGAGCCUUUGUUGAUUCCUCAUUUGGAAAUCUUUUUGGAUCUUUAUGCUGAUAAGGGUGCAGUUGUCCAAGAAGCUGCUCAAAUGGCCUCUCGCACUUUGGUUGACAUGAUUCCUGCUGAAGCCACCAAGGCUCUUUUGCCUGUCUUGUUGAAGGGUAUGGGUCAUAACACCAGUUCAAAGAAAUGGCAGACCAAGAUUGGUGCCUUGAAGUUAUUGGAACGUUUCACAGAAAGAGCUCCCGAACAAAUUGGUGAAUGUUUGCCUGAAAUCAUUCCUGCUGUCUCUGACUGUCUCUCUGACACUAAGAAGGAAGUUGCUACUGCUGCUGAAAAAGCCAUGUUGAAGGUGUGUUCUGUGGGUGGUAACCCUGAUAUCCAUCGUCAUUUGAAGGAUUUGGUGCUCUGUAUGGGCAACCCUACUCGUGUGCCUGAUACCAUUGAAAAGCUCGCUCAAACUACUUUUGUGGCUGAAGUCAAUGGUCCCACAUUGGCUAUCAUGGUGCCCCUUUUGACUCGUGCCUUGAAUGAACGUUCGACAACUAUCAUGCGUCAAACUGUUGUGAUCACAGACAACUUGUGUAAGCUUGUGCGUGAUCCUCGUACAGCUGCUCAGUUCUUGCCUCAAUUGUAUCCUGGUAUUGAUCGUCAAGCUGAAAGUGCUGCUUUCCCUGAAAUUCGUGUGCUUGCUAACAAGGCCAAGCAGACUUUGAUUGAUGCUGGUGGUGCUAAUGAAAAGCCUGCUGAAGCUACUGAAGUCACGAUUGAAGAAGCCACUGCUGCUUUCAAGAAGGCUGCUACUAAGGCACAAGGUUUUCUUGAUUCCUUCUUCCUUCCUUAUAUUUCUUAUCUUGGCAUCAUUGCUGCUGACUACGCUCGUCAAGAGCUCUUCUCUAAAGAAGGUUGGCUUGAGUCCUUUACUCCUUACCUCAAGGCUUUUAUUAUGAAGGCAGACAUUUCUUCUGUGAUCUAUGGUGCUUUAGAGGAAAUUCAGGGUAUUUUCAAGAAGCGUAAUGCAGAUGUGGAUGACAGUGCUAUUGAUGAACAGGAAGGUGAAGAAAUCUGUAACGUAGAAGACUUUUCUCUUGCUUAUGGUACCCGUCUCUUGUUGAGUCACACUCGUCUCAAGUUGCACCGUGGUCAACGUUACGGUCUCUGUGGUCAAAACGGUGCUGGUAAGAGUACUUUGAUGAACGCUAUCCACAAUGGUAAGGUUGAAGGAUUCCCCUCUCAAGAUCAAGUUCGCACUGCCUUGGUUGACUAUAACUCUCAAGCUGCUGACACUUCCUUGAAGAUUGUUAACUAUGUUGCUGCUGAUCCCUUGUUGAAGGACUUGCCUCAUUCUGAAAUUGAAAAGUCUUUGCGUACUGUUGGCUUUGAUGAUGCUCGUCUCGAAAUGUCUGCUUCUGCCCUUUCUGGUGGUUGGAAGAUGAAGCUUGAGCUUGCUCGUGCUAUCCUUACCAAGGCUGAUAUUCUCUUGUUGGAUGAACCUACCAAUCACUUGGAUGUCGACAACAUCAAAUGGCUUGAAGACUAUUUGAAUGCUCAAUCUCAAGUCACUUGUUUGAUUGUCUCUCACGACUCUGGCUUCUUGGAUAAUGUCUGUACUCAGAUUCUUCAUUAUGAAAAGAAGAAGCUUCGUUUGUACCAUGGUAAUCUCUCUGCUUUUGUUGAAGUUUAUCCUGCUGCUCGUACUUACUACACUUUGGAUGCCUCUACAAUUGAGUUUACUUUCCCCAAGCCAUCUGUCUUGCAAGGUGUUAGAUCCAACACCAAGGCCAUUCUCAAGAUGACAGACUGUACAUACACUUAUCCUGGUAACAAGGUGCCUUCUCUCUACAAUGCUAGCGCUUCUCUUUCUCUUUCAUCCCGUGUUGCUGUCGUGGGUCCUAACGGUGCUGGUAAGUCUACUAUGAUCAAGCUCUUGACAGGUGAGACUAUUCCUCAAACCGGUGUUGUUUGGCGUCACCCUGCUCUUCGUAUUGGUUACGUUGCUCAACAUGCUUUCCACCACUUGGAACAACAUCUUGAAAAGACACCUACUGAUUACUUGCAAUGGCGUUACUCUACUGGUGAAGACAAGGAAGUCGCUGAAAAAGAAACCCGUGUCUGGAGUGACGAAGAAAAAGCUCAAAUGGAGAAGAUGAUCACUGUCAAUGGUGAAGAGCGUCAGAUCGAAGCCUUGUUGGGUCGUACUAAGCUCAAGAAGACGUUCCAAUACGAAAUCAAAUGGAAGAACAAGCUCCACAAGUUCAACAGUUGGUUCUCUCGUGAAAAGUUACUCGAGUUGGGUUUCCAAAAACUCGUCCAACAAUUCGAUGAUAAAGAAGCUUCUCGUGAAGGUUUGCUGUACCGUGAAUUGAGUAUGCCUCAUAUUCGUCAACACUUUACUGAUAUUGGUCUUGAUCCUGAUAUUGCUCAGUACACCAAGAUGGGUGCUCUCUCUGGUGGUCAAAAGGUCAAGGUCGUAAUUGCUGCUGCUAUGUGGAACAAUUGUCAUAUGUUAGUGCUUGAUGAACCUACUAACUUUUUGGAUCGUGAAGCCUUGGGUGGUCUUGCUACUGCUAUUAGAAAGUGGGAAGGUGCUGUUGUCAUGAUUUCUCACAGUACUGAAUUUGUUGAAGCCUUGUGUCCUGAAAGCUGGAAAUUGAUUGGCGGUAAACUUUACAAGAGUGGUGUUUCUGCUGUUGAUGAUGAAUCAAAGAUUGAUGAAGAAAAGGUGAAGGCCAAGAUCUCCAAGAAAAAGAAGAAGACUAGAAAUGAACUUAAGCUUCAAGAAGAACGUCGCCGUGCUCGUCAUCUCAAGUGGUUGAUUGAAGGUGGCACUAAGGAACCUGACACUGAGAGUGACUAAGUCCAGCUAUCUAUCUAUCUAUCUAUAUAUACACACUCACAUCAUAAUACAUUCUCUAUAUAUUUGUUUUGUCUUCAUAUCAUUUUAUUUUGCAUUAUUAGAUCAAUAAAACAAAAUUAUUUGUAAUCCUCAA